UGAAAAAAUUCAGUUCGGCAAUGUCAAACGUGCAUCUGAAUGACAUGACUUGAAGAUCAAAUAUUCGAAAUUUGUCUCGCCAAUUUCAUUAAUUGCAAACUAAUUGAAAAUGAGACAACAUUUUGUGUUUAUAAGGUUCAAUUUGGAAUAUUGACCUUGGCUAAAAAUAUCGUAAUGUAAACGAUUUCCAACAAAGACGAAAAUAUUUGGUAUGAAAUCAUUUCUUGAGAAAUGAAACAAUGGGCAAUAAUUCCAUCCAAACAAAACGUUACCCGUUUGCAGUAUACGGAAUUGAAUUCAGUGUGUUUGGUCGUUGUAAAAAAAAGAGUUUUCUAGCGUCGACACACAUUUGCCUUAAAUUAACUCAUUAAUUGAACUAAAACGAAUUUCACCAAAUUUGUCUGUGAACGAGUUUAAAUGAUGAAAAACGUAUAAAUGAAAUAAGCAAAAAAAAUGCUGCACGGUUUGUGAGAUGCUGAGCGGAAAUGUUUUAUAGGUUUUUGAUUUAGUUUGAUGGUUUUGUGCCAUUCUAAAUUGCUUUCGCUGUAGGUUUAACCAAUUUAUGAAUUCGAACAACGACGAUCCAGGAUCGAUUUAUUUUAAUAAAUAUGCGACACGGGCAUAAAUCAGUAGACGAUGCAAAAAUGAAUGGCUUCAAUAAAAACACAUUAAAUCCAUAGAUUUUUUUCUGUGUUCACAGCUCUAUAUAGCAUAACUAUGUCAUAAUUCACUGUGAUCCCUUCAUUUCGAACCGAAGUCGACGCAUGUACACCAAUAUUUCCUGAAUGAAUGAGUUUGUCAACGUUGCAUGUUGUUCACUCUUUUUUUUGCUGUUGUUAAACGAAGGUUCAAUCAACCGGUGAUAAUUUGGUAUUGUUUUAUGAGAAAAAACAAUAACAAACGCAGAGAUCUUUCGAUUUCGAUCUAUCUAUUUUACCGAGAUCAAUAUCAACGAAAUCGACUCGGAUGAGCCAACCAUCGAAAUUUAAAUUGAGAUGAGAUGAGCGACUAGAAGAGUGAAAAAAAAUAUCGCACACGCAUACAAAUUCGUUAGAUUGAUCGUGAAACAAUGAACAAGCCUACACCAAUAAAAUAAUUCGCAAAAUAUCAUCAUUGCCAUUAAAGGCAGUGCCAAUCAAAUGAAACUAUAAAAGACACAGCCAGACCCACCGAUCGUCUUAGUUGGAUUUUGGUUUGCGAAAACUUAAUAGUCGCACACAAUUCAGUUUGUUUUGCUUUGGAAUUUCAAAAUUUUGUUCAGAUAUUUUUUGUUGUGCAAGUGGAAUUCAAAGUGAUUUUUAUUCGCAAUAAAAUGUCAUUUCUUGGAGCUGGAAAUACGUCGGAUGUCGAGCAAGACAAAGGAUUAUCGGAUUAUCGUUUGAGUCGGAGCAACAAUAACCUGGGUCCAAAGCCAACCACGUCAAAAUUUGCCGAUGUUUUGUGGAAUAACAAAAACGAUGAUUCCGAUUCGGAAAUCAGCGAUUCGGGCAAUUUUUUGGCCAAAGGUGCAUUUUUGAUAACUCCAUCACAUGAGUUGUCGUUGGAACGUGCUGCGAUGAUUUGUGAAAAGAUGAAUUUCAAGGGCUGUUUUAGUUUGACGAAAACAGCAACUGGAAUUCUGUUCAAAUUUUCACAUCCAGAGGAUUAUCAAGCCGUUUACAAGAAGGGUUUUCAUAAAGUGACUAAUGCCCGAUUCUAUCGCAAAAUCCCAGUGCCCUGUCGCCCGCAAAAAACGUUUACCUUAUUCGUUUUUGACGUUCCCGAAGAUAUACCGAUCGAAGAUGUGCGACACUCGCUCUACCGUUUCAAUUCCGUGGUCGAAGUGGUACGUUUGAUUUUGCAUCCACAGAAUGAGCCAGUAGCACCCGCUCCCACAGUUGCUAAAGAACGUGAAGAGGAAGCAAAUCAACGGGAAUUUCCACCAUCACCCAUCCGAAUUACAUUGGCUUCGCUAGACGAAUACAACAUUCUCCUGCAAAAUGGACUGGACUUUUAUGGUGCAACAUUCUUCCCAACCGAAGCUAAUUUAGAGCUAACCGGUCCAGUUCGUAUUGCCACCAAAAAAGGAAGUCGAAUGAUCGACGGAACAUUACCGGGUCGCGUUCGCGAAUUGCUGCCAGUGUUCGAUGCAACGGGUUUCUGCAAAAUUCCACCACCAGCCAGCAAAACAAUCAAGCCACGCCCAUAAGCACACACGAUGACAACAACGGCAACGAUAAAUUAUGACGAUGACGACGACGACGACGACGCAAUUAUCAUAACCAAAUUCCAGCAGUCUAACGAAUCAUUCAACAAUACGUCUUUGAGUCAUUUUUCGUUUUGGGAGAAACAAUCGAAACACAAAAACCAUUUUUUUUUUCUCUUUUUUUGUCGUUCGUUUUUUCGCUUUGUCUUGAUCUUCUCACAGCAAAGAGAACAAAAACAAAUUUAAUUCAAUUUAAAUGUGCGACAAUUUUCUAGUUCAUUAAUUCGCACGGCAUAUUUACUACGUUUGUAUCUUUUUAUUCAGAUUUAUUCGAUUUUUUUUUCGUUCGUUCUUUUUGUCUCUUUUUAGCCUAACAAUAACGAUGCCAAUAACAUUUUUUUUGAUGAUCUAUUAAAUGACAUUGUAUAACCGAAAUCAUUUCUUUGUGUUUGCUUUUUCUGGCAUCUGCAUUCCGUCUUGAAUUAGGUCUUUGGUUUACUAAACCAUAAGCCAGCACCGUUUUCAACUGACUUUUUUCUGCUUAUUUCGAAUAGAAAAUUCUGAAACGGUUCACCUUGGAAUAUAAUUGGUCUCAUCGCAAUGAUAUAAAAUUAUAGAAGAAAUUGAUCAAUAUGUUGACAUCAACUCACUCUCUUUCGUUCCAAUAUAUCCAGUGGAUUUAAUUUUGAUGAAAAGAAAAAAAAACUACUUGCACUUUUAAAUCAAGUCAAGUUAAAGCGCGAAACAUGGCUGCAAAAUAUUGAUCUGUCAACACGAACAUGUGGUUGAUACGACGGUCAGUAGUCGCACUCUGUCAACAGAUUUUUGUAUAGGGAUUGCAUUCACACACAAAAACAUUCUCCGAGCACAAGCAUUGUGCUGAAACAAAUAAAUCGGCCGACAGUUCACAAUACAGUCUAAAAACAACAAACUUACGGAUAUUUUCUCUUAGCGUUUUUGUUCAAGUUUAAUUCGCCAAUCAAUCGAAAAAGAAAACCUGCAAAUUGCAAAUGUUGUUAUCAUGGCCGAGAUAAAAGUGAUUGCAAAAAAAUUCAAACAAGACGUUAGCCUCAAAAUUUCAAACAUCAGCCUACUCGAUGAAAUUUCGCCAACUGAAUUUUUUGUUCAAGGCAUCCCAUGGAAUGUACGGGUUUGUAAAAAUGUCAGAAAAGGAGUAGAAAGCCUGGGCGUUUAUGUGCACUGCGUGAACACACAGAAUUCGCAAAAUUGCUCACAGCCGGCAAUCGUAACAUUCAAAUUGUUGUCAUUCAACAACAGCACAAAUCCGCUUGCAUAUCAGUGUGAGCCGUAUAUUUUUGAUAACACCGCUAUGGGCAUCGGCAAAUUAUCGUUUAUUCCAUGGAAUAUUUUGUUUGACAUCAACAAGUGUUAUGUAAAAGAUGAUACGAUUAAUUUGGAUGUGUGCAUUGAAGUCGAUGACCCAGACGAAGAGAACAAAAGCAAAUUAACUUUCGAAGAGGCUGAAAUAGACGGCGAGGGCGGCAGUAAGAAUACAUUUCGGUUUUUUGUCACCAAUAUUGACAAUUUAUUAGCUGUACAGUCAUCGAUAUUCGAUAUGCGAAAACUGUCCUGGGAAGUGACAGUUUACAAAAGUCGUUCGUCCACACUCAAUGUUCGCUUUGGAUCGAAAUCGUGUUAUAGAAAAAUUAAGUAUUUGGCGAAUGGAAACGUACGUAUCAAACUGAUAUCAUCGAAUGGCGAUGAAAAUUCGGUUGAAAAAAGGAAAGAUAAAUGCUUCAACAAUUUCCGCGAACUGCAUGACUUUGAGAUAGUUUCGUGGGAACAAUUGUUCAACCCACACAAUGGAUUCGUGAACAACAACUCGAUCGCAAUGGAAGUGAAAAUCAGAAGAAGCAAGUCAGAAGGUGGUAGAUAUGUGGAAUGUUUCCUCUGUUUGGCUUUUAUCGAUGAUCAAAAUGUCUCGUCUCCCGAACGUAGUCAUCAGCUUUGCCCGAUAUGCAUCAAACAAUACGGAUGCUUCUCCGAGUGAUUUGCUCUUCAACUUUUUGCAAUUGUGAGUUUCAUUUAGAUUCGGAUUACGUUCAAUUCACAAGUUAGGUUUUAUAUGUCAAUAUUUCUUGAAUUCAUAACACACAUCAGACAAAUCGAUGGAUGGAAAAAUAUUGAAUAUGAAGCGAAGGCGACUAUCAGUUGAUUGCGACCAGUGAUGCAGACAAAGCAAAACUAAAAAAUGACUAAUUUGUAAAAGUUUUUAAAUUAUACUGUUUGUUUUAUCCUUUUAAUUUUAGAAGUAAAGAUCAUAUUAUUUUUAUAAUUGUUUUCCGUAUAUUUCAAAGAUGUUGUGUGAAACCAAUUUGCCUUCGGGCAGGACGUGUAUGUUUCAAAUUGAAUCUAUCAAUGCAUGUAUGAAAACAUGAACGAAUAAAUAAAUGCAACAAAAUAAAAAAA